CCAUCAUGCCAGACUGCCUGAGUCCGACGCGGCGUGCACCACGCGCCGCGCCCCCUUCCACACUCGAGCGCCCGCCAGAUGAUGACCUGCCCCUCCAGCUCGCGCUGGGCUGGGUGCUGGUCCGGGCCAUGCCUCUCACCGAGCAAGGCGCCGCCGCGGACGUGUUUUCGCGCACCUUUGUUGCAGACAUUUUGGCGGCCAUUGCAACUGAGGCGUUCGAGGUAAACACGACGCCCGCGACGUUUGGCUCGCUCCGCGCGGCCAUCGACCCAAUGGUGAACAAGGAGUGCUUGCGGCUACAGGAUUCGAUCGAUAGGCGGUACGACAAGGGGCUGCCCGUCUCUGAUUUUGUCGCGAAGAAAGCGAGCGAGUCACGCUGGCUCCAUGCCUUUCGCCAAGAGUUUGAGGACGUUACCACUGGCGGCGGGGUCAUCGACUUUGUAGAGCGCGAAGUAGCAUGCCGGAUCGGUGAGGAUGAUGGUGUGCUCCUCACCAACCCCGAGCCGUUAGAGCGCAUGUCCCCGCUCGGCCUCUACUUCCGGGGGCUAGUCGUCAAACUCCGCAAGUUGGGCUUCAGCGAGGCGGGCAACUUGAGCCGCCGAGUCGCAGCAUGGUGCGGUGCUGGGCCACAAGAAUACUCGUGGGAGGCGGCGCACGACAUCGAGGUGCGCAACCCGUACCCAACUUCUGAGGCGCGCGGCAUGACGCGCAUCAGCAACAUGGAGAGGCACAUGGAGGCAUUAGCGACCGGAGACGUUGUUGGCGCUCAACAAACACUACUAGCAUUCUAUGACUAUCGCGCCCAACUGAUCGACCACGACGAGAAGUCGUGGCCGCAUGCGCUGCUCAAUCUCAGCGUGUUUCACUACCGAACAGGCGGAAUGGAGGCGGCGCAGGAGGCUGUGGCUGAAGCGAUCCGUAUCUCGCGCAGCGCCAACGACGCCGAGGCGCUCCAGCAGUGCCUUAACCUCCAGCACCGGCUUACUACGGAGACGGAGGGCGCGGCGUGGCCAGCAGCCAUGCUCCCCGCUGUCAAGCAGGAGCCGGUACCAUUGCGGCGGCUGAUGCAUGGCGUCACGCCCACGGAUGACCUCUGGUCUCUUGCCGCUGCGCUAGAUAUGGGCGAGCCCGUGCCGGUUGCCUUUAGGCGCAUCUACACGGCCCUGGGCCGCGCGACGCCCCUCGCCCCCGGCGCCGAGGUGCAGCCGCUGGACAACGGGGCGUGGCAUGCGGCGCAAGCGAACCUCUGGAGUCUGCUGGGUAGUGAAAGCCUUGCGAGCGUGCACGAGGACGCGGCGCUAGCGGAUGCCGGGCCGGACGUCGCGCUUCAAGUCGCCAUCUCGCGCGCCGAGCGGCUGGCGCAGCGCGGCGCCUUCGACGACGCACUGGCCCUCCUUCUCACGCAUGCCGAGGGGUUAGAUCACCCCGCCUACAGGACAUGGAGCCGGGCAGUGUGGGCCACGCUGCGACGCCAGGCGGCUCUCGCCCGGGACGGGGAGGCUGAGCGCGUUCUGCGCGGCCUGCACUCGAACUCCUCGGCACGCUUCGGGCCAGGCGGGCCCCCGCGCGAUCUUUGGGAACCGAGCGCGGCGCCCAAAGACGAACGAGGCAUUGUCUUCGCCCACAAGUACGUCACGGAUGCGCUUGAGCGCGUGCGUGACGGCCUCGACGCCGACCCGCCGACCCCACCCCACCUCCUUCUCCGGCACACGCUGGCAUCGCUCGAGCUCGCGGCCGGCCUCGGCCUCUGGCCCGUCUACCGCGACGGCGUGGUGUGCCUCGCCGAUGUGUUGCUGGGCAUGGACCUGUCGCGCAAAGCGGACGCCGAGCUUGACGCUGUGUGGGACGAGCUCGUUGCCGGGCACGAUGCACUCCUCCUCGCUCGAGCCGCGCUUGCGCGCGCCAAGGCGUGGGCGCUUAUUGCUGCGGGAGGGAGCGAAGGAGAAGAAGGAGGUGAGGAGGGAAAGGGGGAGGCGCUGGCGCGGGCGAGCGAGUACGCCGACCUGGCCGCGGAGAAGGGACGCAUCGUGUCGGCCGCGCAUGUCCUCGCGCACGCUGCACUCCUCCGGGAGCUCCUGACUGAUAUGGGCGCGGCUCCCUCGCAAAGCGUUGAGAUUCCGAGUGGGCUGAGCGAUACGGUGCGGCGCGUGGGUGAGAUCGUGCGGCUGGUCGGUGUGCGAGUAGCUGAGGGGUGGAAGUAAUCACUGUACAGUACCAAGUACCCAAUGCAUAGUCCGACUUGUUCAUGU